ACGCCACGCCCACUUUUUGUAUGAAUCUACGGAAUUGCUCAAAUUAAAGGCAAGAAUAUUAUUCAAAAGAGCCGUGAAUUCUCAAUAUUUGAAUGGAAAUUUGUAUUGAUUCAGUUGAAUCAGCUAUUGCUGCCGAGAAUGGAGGGGCAUCUAGAGUUGAGCUUUGUUCAAAUUUGUUUGAAGGGGGAACCACUCCAAGCAUUGGAAUGCUCCAAGUGAUCAAGAAGGAAUGCCCUGAUCUUCCUGUCUUCGUUCUGAUACGUCCCAGAGGAGGGGACUUUGUCUAUAGCAUGUUGGAGAUAGAAGUGAUGAAGCAGGACAUUAAACUGAUGAAAGAGCAUGGGGCGGAUGGCUUCGUGCUUGGAGUUCUCACAAGUGAUGGAAACGUUGACAAGGACAAGUGCAGAGAGUUGAUGGAUCUGUGCAGACCACUCCCAAUGACAUUUCACAGAGCUUUUGACAUGUGUGUGGAUGCUUAUGGUGCUUUAGAGGACAUCAUCUCCCUUGGUUUUGACCGCUUGCUGACCAGCGGUCAAGAGUCAACGGUCUUAGAAGGGCUACCCAUGAUUGCUGACCUAGUGACUAGGGCAAGAGGGAGAAUAGCCAUCAUGCCUGGCGGUGGUAUAACAGAGCGCAACCUCCAGAGAAUCUUGGACGGUAGUGGGGUGAAGGAAUUUCACUGCUCCGCCCGAACAUCCCGCCAAUCGCAGUCAACCUACAGGAACACAGCCGUCUCCAUGGGAGCAGCACUCAGACCUCCAGAAUUCACGUUGAAGUGUGCUGAUAGUGAUCUUAUACGGAGACUCCGUGGUAUACAAACUGAAAGAUGAUAGACUGUCAACCUUUUCAUGCAAUAAUCGAUCGAUCUCAGGGGAGAAACAAAUCUGUUUUCUUGUUAUUGGACCUAUUAAUCAGGUUUAGCUUCAAGUAUCAAAUUCAGAUACUUAAGGCCACUGCACACCUGAUUUUGGAAUAAAACGUAGUAGAAUAUGAUGCUAAUAUUGAGACACGGAAUAUCUUACCGUGUAAUGUUCGCAAUCAUCAUACGAAUACCUAUGUUCAAAUCUGUGACUAUGCUAUCAUCCUUAUUAAAAUGAAAGUUUAAUUUCAUAUCUAGUCGUAAUGACGUCAUAGCAAUCAUACGAUUGGCUACGAUUUGAGACUAGUUUGGGCUUUACUCCAAAAUAAAGGCUACCAAUUAUCCAAAAUUAUUAUUAGCAUUCUUUCAAUUAAUUUGAACCUCAAAUAAAAACAUACUUUUCAUUCACUUUUUCAGAAAAUGAGCAAAAUGCUAUUUGUUCCAAAAUCGAAUCAUGGACCAGUUGUAAGGUGUGUGGUGGCCUCUAGUGGUAUACAGUCAAAAGCAGGCCGGGGUUCGUUGAAGUGAAAACAUUGUAGGAUCUCUGUACUGUGCCAGUAUACAACACACAGCUAGUGAAGCAUCAACAGGGGUGCGUAGAAGUCACCCUAGUGGAGGUUGAUGGGGUAGAGACCUGCUCCCCCCCUCCCCCAUUUCCACUGAGAUGAUGCUUGUUUAGAGGGUCUUAUUCACAAAAAAAUUGUGUGAAAAUACAUAAAAAGUGCAUAUUUUGCCAGUUAAAAAAUACUAUGUAUUAGCAUCUAUUGCUGUGUUCCUGUCAUGUAUCAGCACAUUGAGAUGUUGAAUGUCCAAAAAAAAAAUCCGUUUUAUUCUUUGCUUUUUUUUUUUGCCAAAUCUUGAUUGGAUCACUGAGAUCGGAACAGAAUUCACCAAGAAUACCGUUUUGGAAUUGGAUAGGCUGCAUUAGUCUGCAAUUUCAUUCAAUAUAAUUACCAUAUGAUAGUUUCAUCUUUGCACUCACUUCUUUGGCGGCAUUUCUCGGCUACUAAAUUUCAUCAUAAGAUGACUUUUAUCUUUCAAACUUCUUUUCGACAUGAAUAUAACAUGGCUUUUGUUUUCUCUAGGAAAAAUUCACAUUUGAAAAGGAAGAAUUGUGAGAUUCACAACAUAACAUCCUUACAGCCCAUGAGGCUUCGCCCCAGUAAAAAUGUUCAAACAUCGACUUUUGACUUUUCAAAAAAUACAUAUUAGCAAUAAAGGGAUUUUGAUAACCUGUAGAAAAAGAAGAUUUAAAAAUGACAUUCAAAAUGAUCACUUUUUCAACAACAUUUGAUACAUCAUUGAAAUACUUUUUUUAAAGAUAACUGAGUUCAGCCUUAGUGAAUUAUGAAUUAUCGUCACAUGGAUAGAUUCCGAAGAGAACUUUUGCAUAAUAAUUUCAAUGUUCAGUCUGUGUAAAUGAUGAAAAGUUGUAUCAAAGAAGAGCUUGUCUUGACAAAAGUAGUUUACUAGUAUGUAGAUGACCUGUUAACAGCGAAAAGAAAAACUGGUCGCGAGCGAGGUCGAUCAAGAAGAAAAAGUAUUGUGAAUAUUAACAACUAACAUGUAUAAAUUAAUCAUGAGAAAAACUGGUAGUGAAUAUCCAGUUUUACUUUGUAUCAAAACUAUGCUGUGCUUCAUGCUUCAAUAGAAAUGCAUAAAUAUUGUUUCAAAGCUUCAUUGAUAUUCACUUCUAUAACAAACUAUUUCUCCUUGAUACAGAAGAAUCCACAAUAAACACUUACCGGUAUGUAUCUCACUAAUUUGUAAAAAUUUUAUCACUUAUCUGUAUAACCUUCAGCUGGGUAUGUGACUGCGAUUUUUGUGAUCGGACGACGAUAUUCACCUGAUACAGUUCUCACUUUGACACUUCCCUUGAACCUCGUUUGCAUCUGCAAGCAUAACAAUGUCAUUAACUGGAACGUUUCGACGAUCCGCAUUCCUUUUUUUCUGAGGCACCAACAGAGGUAGGACAUAUUGUGUCCAAUGCUUCCAAAAGGAGUCUACGAUUUGUUGGACAUAUUCUACCCAAUGUUGAGGAUUCUGCGAAUCUCUAAAGGGGCCUUGAGGUACAUCACGCGAUGCUCUACCCAGUAGCAUGUCGUUUUGGCAAAUGAAACUUCCAUCAUCAGGAUCGUUGGGAAUCCUACCAAUGGGCCUCUGAUUGAUGAGGUUGGUUAUCUAACAAACACGUAUAUAGAAGAAAUGGUGUCAAAAACUGUCCUUCCAUGGCUUUCUUCAAGGCGUAUCUACAACUUUUCAUGUGCGAUUCCGCACAUCCGUUCUGGUGAGGCACCGAAGGAGUGGUGAUUUCCAAUCAGUUCUCUUAUUUGCACAGAAUUCAGCCAGGUUCGGUGCAUCCCAACCUCUGAUUACCUCACGCAGCUCUCUGUCGGCACCUAUAAACUGUGUACUGUUGUCACUCAAUAGAUAGGCAGGUUGGUCUCUAAUUGCGAAGAACCGUCUAAUCACCAGAAGAAAGGCCAUAAUGGAGCAGUCCGUAGCCAUCUCCAGAUGUACUGCUCUUGUCGCACCAGAAAAUUACGCUGUACUAUUUGGCAGUUGUAUUACAGAUAAUCUUCACUCUGUAUGGACGAAACUAAUCAACAGAUGUAUUGUUGAAUGGGGGAGUCUGAGGGGCUAUUCUAUUCUGAGGUAUUUCUGACAUUAGCUGUUUCUCAACUCCUUGUUCCAGCUCUCUACCCUUCGUGCAUCUGACCCUGAUGGUUUUUGGCAAUGUUGUGUCCCUGCAAAAUCCAGAAGGGUUUUCUUACUCUUCCCACUGAGUAGUGGCUGCUACCCCGCCUUGACCUUCCUAAUGCAUCUCACUAGUUAUGAGCCACAAUACUCUCUCUUCACCUGGCAAAAAUACUGGAUGCCUCGUAUCAUAUGAUAGUAGAGAUCUGUCUGUUCUGCCACCAACUUGAAUGAUUCCCUUUUCAUCAGUGUAUGGACUCAAGGUCUUGAAUUCCCCCUUGACAAGGCGUGCUUUCAGGGUGGUUUGAGCUCCUCUGAUUCUCUCUUUGUAUCUCCUCUGGUGUCAAACAUUGGCUGCCAUCAUCACUCUUGUCAGCAUUUUGUGCAUUCUUUAACUUGUGCACAAAUCUCAGUACAUAGGCAGCUACUCUGACAAGGCAUCUCCAACUAGAGAAGUUUUCACAGUUGAUAAAUUCCUGGUUUGUUGUCAUGAAAACCAGAAAGACCUUUUAAUUUUCCACUUCAAGUACAGCUUUUUCAUCACCAGUUGGCCAUUCAAUUUCUGGGGUGUAGAAAAAGUCUGGUCCUUUCAGCCAUCUGUUUUCCAAAUUUGCUGUGGGCAGCCUUCUAGACACAUCAGCUGGGUUGCAUCUCCUUGGAACAUAAUACCAUUAAGCUGGGUAGGACUGACUUUGUACUUCUGCAACUCUCACUAUAUCGCUUUCUUUGAAUCUGUCUUGAAAACCACCUGUUCAAUCUCUAGUCGCAACUCUCUCUCCAUGGUGGAGUAAAGUCUUGUUGCCAAUACAGCUGCUUGAAGUUCAAGGCGUGGCAUAGUUAACUUCUUCAACGGUGCUACCCUCGACUUGGCAACCACAAACCUCACUUCAUAUAUUCCCUCUUUAAGCUGCAAUCUGAGAUAGAUACAUGACCGGAAAGCAUCCUGAGAAGCAUCUGCAAAUACACACAGCAUGGGAUUGCUAACAGCUCUUGCUGGUAUGAGGCUUCAGUCAAUUCUUUCCUCACUCUUACUCUUUUGUUUCCUUAAGGAAGGCUAUCCACCACGUCUGAUCUUCUUCUGGUAGUUUUUCGUCCCAUUCAUAGCCUUUUUCCCAGAGCCUCUGUAUUCCCUAUCUUGGCACGAACCAGAAAUGGCAACACAAGUCCUAGCAGGUCAAAGACUCAUGCUUUCUGGCUCAAUAUCUGUCUCUUGUUGAGGCUUACAUCUUUGUCUUUCUCAUCUAGAUCCACCUUUACUAUAUUGGAGUACAUGUCAGAACUAUUCUCCCAUACUGCACCCAGUACCUUUUCCCUGAUAUAGCUUCAAGGAAUCUCAUCUCUUUAUCCUCCUGGGUGUUUCCUGUUAAUGGUUGAUCGGACAACCGUCCUUUUACUUUAAUUCCUCCUUCAGCUAGAACCUGGUCAAUCUCUUUUGUGAGUCUCUCAGCUUCCUGUCCAUCAGCAACUGACUCACCUAUAUCGUCUAUGUAGAUACAGGUUUUUAGUACUUGGGCUGCUUCUGGGUGUCUUCACUCUGCUUUCUCAGCCGUCUUCCUCAGCGCAAUCUGAGCCAUGGCUGGUGCAGGUUUAUCCCUAAAGGUCAGAGCAGUCUUGAUUUAGGUAUCUAGUGGCCGGUUAGUUUGCAUGUUCCGCCACAAGAAUCUACAUGUAUGAACAUGCUGGUCUGACUGUGGCACUAGAACUGAUACAUUUUAGAUAAAUCACCACACACAGCUACUUUCCUUUCUCUGAAUCAAAGUAGAACUCCUAGGAGACUGUUAAGGAGAUCUGGCCCUAUCAGUGUAUGGCCUUGAAAAGAAGCAGAUGAAUUAAACACUAUGCGUACUGGAGUACUCUUCUUCUCCAGCCGCAGUACUGUGUGAUCACGAGAUAUGUAAUGCAUUCUCGAGUUAAUAUACCAAAGGACUACUUGACUGGCUGUCUAGAAUGUAUGGGUAGCCUCUUCAAGUUGUGGUUCUUAUUGUUACCACCUUCAGUGGUGCUACUCUAGCCUUUCCAAUGACAAGGAAGCAAGAACUUGUCCUUCUAGAUUGGUCACUUUCAGUUAUUAAAGUACACUGCUUCUUCUCAGCUGUAGCCUCCACACAUGCUCCUCUCUCGGCUUCUGCAUUAAAGAUCUGUUCCUCGGCCUUCACCCAAGAAGUUUCGUCUUCAGAAUCCACAUCCUUCUCCUAUGCCUCAAUCUGCUCUUCUUUACUUUAUAUCCAAUCCUCCUCAGCAUUCAUCCUCUUGGUAUUUCAUCAGCCUCCACCUUCUCCUUCCAAACCACUUGCUUCACUUCACUUGUAACCUGCUUCUCCUCAGCCACAACUUGCUCCUUAGUCACAUCCCCCCCCCCAAUAACCACCUGCUUGUCUUCAGCCACAAUUUUCUCGUUAAUCACAACCUGCUUCCCCCUGCCCAAACUUGCUCCUCUUUGUCCACCACCUGCUUCUCCUUUGCCCAGAUUGGCCUCAUCAGCCACCAUUACCACGUCUCCUCUCUGUUGUGUGACUACCUGAUCUGUUUCGGCCACACCAACUUUUUAUUGGAGAUACUUAAUGAACUCGUUGAUCAGAUUCUCCUGAAUAUCAUACAAGAAUGGUUCAAUACUCCUCAAAAGCGGUCACCAUCUGCUCCUCAGCCACAACUAUUACUCCUCAGCACAUCUUGCUCCUUGAUCCUCCGCUACAAUUUGCUCCACCUCAGCUGCCACCUCGUGUUCCUUGGCUCCAUCUUGCUUCUCCUUGCCACAACUUGCUCCCCAGCCAUUAUCCUGUUUCACCUCAGUCUCAACUUGCUCCUCCUUAGCCACAACUUUCUGCUUCACCUAGCUCGGUCUGCCAAUCUUGCCUGUUCCUCAGCCACCAUCACCUGUCUCCCCCCCUCUUUUGCUGCGGGUUGACUACCUGAUCUGUUUCCGACACACCGGCUUUUUCUUGGGGAUACUGAAUGAACCAUUCAACCUGAUUCUCCUAAAUAUCCUACAAGAAUGAGUUCUCCUCAAAAGCAAUCAUGCCCUCCAACUUUUGCUAAAAGUUGGAGACAACUAGGUUCAAUGAAUAUAAAGCAGAGUGAUAAAAAAAGAAACAAGAUAUGAUGUGCAGCCAUUAUAAUCAACAUCAUUAUCAUUAACAUAGUAACUCUCCCUCAUACGAAGGGUUGGGCCUACUUACCCUUGCACCAGGAUGACAUUCUCUCAACUACUUUUGUCAUAAGCACCCUCCUCAUUCAUACUUUUUCACCAUAUCUUUCCAUGGAAUGUUCAAUAAUCCCUUUUCUCUUAUGCCAUAAAGAUGAGCAUUCCACUUUUAAAUUAUACAUGGAACAAUAUUUUUGGAAUAUGAGCUUUAUUGGUUUCAUGUGGCGUUUCCUCCUCAAUUUCAUUACAAAUAUUGUUUUGUAAAAUGAUUUUUCAUUUUGUUGCUUCUCAUCAGAAUGUAACUUGUGUCCGAACUUUAAUGGUCCAUGUAAAUGUUUCAAGUAAUAUGAAUAAGCUUGUUCAUAAAAUGCUUUUUUUCAUUCAAAUUAUCCAUAUACAUUCUAAAAAAAGGAUUCAUCAAAAUAAUAAAUCUGUUGGUUAAUAGUCUUAUGUGUAAUAAAAAAAAAGUCAAAAUCAACCAAAAUUUUGGUAGAUUCUGUCUAAUGAUUUUCUUAAUUUUGUUUUUGGGGACUGGACACAUACACAUUCAAUGGAUAUUUUGAUUGGUCCUUUUUAAAGGUCGACCCCAGAAAAAUGUUGAUUUAAAUCAAUGGAUAAAUAUCACACAAACAUGACACUGAAAAUGUCAUCAAAAUGGGAUGUAAAAUAAGAAGGUUAUUUCAUUUUUACAGAUUUGACAAUGAUGAUCAACUUCACAAAUCCACAAAUGUUUAAACAAUGGUAUAUCACAUGUUCAGAAAGGAAUAAACUUUUUUUCACAUGACAAUGAGGAAAAAUUACAAUAUUUCAUGUAAUAAAAUACAAAAGAAAUAGUGAGUGGAUGAUGUCAUCAGCCCCCUCAUUUGUGUACUGACCAGGAUGUGCAUAUAACUUUUGUGAAAUUAAGCAAAACUUUAAAUGUCAUAACUUUCUUAUUUUUACAUCCGAUUUUGAUGAAAUUUUCAGUGUUAUGCUUUUAAGAUUUUUCUCCUGUUAUUCAAUUUAAACUUUUUGCUGACCGGUUGGACUUGUCCUUUUAGAGUGUGAGGGUUCAAAUUCAGUAAUUUAAUGAUAAUAUUACAGGGGGUUCAUCCUACACUAAGCUCUGCUUUUUUUACUAGGCAGUUCCUUAUAACUCUCUUAUUUUGUUUUGAUUAGCCCAUGUUUGUAUGUGCAAUCCUGUGUAAUAUUGAUCUAUAUAUAUAUAUAUCUUGCUUGUAAUGUUAAUGUUGUAUAAACUGUAUCAUCACUGUAAAUUUUUACAAAAUAGAAGUGGAAAAUUAAUUGAAUAAAUUGAAUCGAAUUGUAUUCGAGUGUCAAGAAACC